CUUUUAUUCUGAAGCACAUGCGACGGAAGUUCGAGAGGGUCAAAAGUCAUAUUUCACUUCCGCGUUGUCAGAUAUGGAAAGAAAUGCUCAUCGAUAGGCGAAUUUUACCUUUAAAAGACUUGUCAACACCACCGCACCAGGAAGGAACACAAAGGCUGUACCAGAGGUGUGAUGUCACCUGACGCCCUCUUUAGCUGAGCUGUAACUAUCACCAUCAUCAUCAUCAUCUUCAUCAUGUCUCUGGGCGACAACCCUCACCUGCUGCUGGGCAGGAUCCGCUUCCUGAACAGGUGCAUAGAGUGUUUCCGGAGGAGUGAGUCUGUGCCAGGGUGCCUCUGUUAUGUCCCCAAAGAGGUGUGCUACAAAAUCUGCAAAGAUUCCUCGUCCUCGACCUCCGCCUCUUCAGGAGCAUCUGCAGGAGGCUCCACCGGGAAAACACUCGUGUCCGUGUUUGAGAGUCCACACCAGACUCCACACAUCAAGAAAUUAUGCAAGUACAACAUUGAACCAAAGAAAGGGACUUGUAUCCGGACCACAGGGGAGGAGUACUGUAACAGUCAGGGCCUGUGGGUCAAAAUCAAUAAGGAUCAGCUGGAGGAGCACCGUCCAGGUCUGGACUUGGAGGAGGGCUGGAUCCUGGUGUGUAAGCACACGGAGGGUGGCGACAGGCUGGUGCCAGUAGAGUCUCCCGAGACGAUCAGCAGACAACAGCAGCUCUUUGGCUACGACCACAAGCCCUGCAACAGGUGGGAGCAGGUGGUCAAUGUGGAGAAUGCGCUCUACAUUGGCUCCAAACCCAAAGUGGCUGAGUGUGAUGAGGCCGCCGUCCAGAAGCUGAGGCAUGUUCCUCCCACCUGGGUGUAUGAAUGUGAUGAGGACCUGGUGCACUACCUCUAUGACCACAUAGGAAAAGAGGACGAGAACCUGGGGAGUGUGAAGCAGUGUGUGACCAGCAUCGAUGUCUCUUCAUGUUCUGAGGAUCCCAGUGGAGGAGCGAGCUGUCUGACAGACGGCGACACUGAGACUUACUGGGAGAGUGACGGCAUGCAGGGACAGCACUGGAUCCGUCUGCACAUGAAGAGAGGCACUGUGGUCAAUAAGCUGAUUUUGACGGUGGACUCUACAGACGACAACUACAUGCCCAAACGGAUUACAGUGUAUGGAGGAGAGGAGCUUAAUCUGAAGAAGCUCAGUGAUGUCACCAUCGAUGACAACCUGAUUGGAGAGGUGUGUGUGCUGGAGGAUAUGACAUCUCAUCUGCCUGUGAUUGAGAUUCGCAUUGAGGAAUGUAGAGAUGCGACAGAUGAGGGCAUAGAUGUCCGGAUCCGAGGCUUGAAGAUCAAGUCUUCCUGUGAGAGAGACCUGGGUCUGAACGCUGAUGUUUUCCAGUCCACUAACCUGGUCCGCUACCCCCGUCUGCAGGGCAACACGCCUGAUGUCCUGUACCGCAGAGCGCUGGUCAUCCAGAGGUUUAUCUCUCUCCUGGACUGUGUGCUCCCACACUUGGUACCAGCCUGGGACUACAGUUUGGGCACCUUCAACCAGAUCAAAACCAUAAAGCAGUUCCUGCUGCUGUCCAAGCGUCGCUCAGCCCUCAUCACACAGUGUCUGAAGGACUCUGAGACCAGCAAGCCAAACUUCAUGCCCCGACUCUACAUCAAUCGACGUCUGGCCAUGGAGCACAGAGACAACCCGUCUCUGGACCCCAGCUGCAAGAACGCCGUCUUCAAUCAGGUCUAUGAAGGUCUCAAGCCGUCUGAUAAAUUUGAGAAGACUUUGGAUUACAGGUGGCCGGCUCGGUAUGAUCAGUGGUGGGAAUGUAAGUUCAUUGCAGAGGGAAUCAUUGAUCAGGGAGGUGGAUUUCGUGACAGCCUGGCAGACAUGUCCGAGGAGCUCUGCCCGAGCUCAGCUGAGUGUCCCAUGCCUCUGCCCUUCUUCAGCCGUACGUCCAACCAGGGCUCAUUAGAGGCCAGAGAUUACUACGUCCCCAACCCGUCCUGUAAAGAGUUCCAAAAAUACGAGUGGAUUGGUCAGCUCAUGGGAGCUGCUCUCAGAGGAAAAGACUUCUUGGUCCUGGCUCUGCCCGGGCUGGUGUGGAAGCAGCUGACGGGAGAGACUGUGAGCUGGAGUAAAGAUUUCCCUGCUGUAGAUUCUGUGCUGGUGAACCUGCUGGAGGCUAUAGAGAACAUGGAUCAGGAGACAUUUGAGUUCAGGUUUGGCGAGGAGCUGGUCUACACCACCCUGCUGAGCGACGGCCAGAUGGUGGACCUCAUCCCCGGCGGCAGCAAUGUUGGUGUUCGCUACGAGGACCGCAGCGAAUUUGUCCGCCUGGUGCAGAAGGCUCGUCUAGAGGAGAGCAAGCAGCAGAUAGCAGCCAUGCAGGCGGGGCUGCUGAAGGUGGUUCCUCAGGCGGUGCUGGAUCUGCUCACCUGGCAGGAGGCAGAGAAAAAAGUGUGUGGAGACCCUGAGAUCACUGUGGAAGCCCUGAAACGUCUCACUCGCUAUGAGGACCUGGAACAAAGUGACGUCAGAGUGCAAUACUUAUGGGAGGCACUGACAAACUUCACCAAUGAGGAUCGCAGCAGGUUUCUGAGGUUCGUCACUGGUAGAAGUCGUCUUCCUGCUCCAAUAUAUGUCUUCCCUGACAAACAAGGCUCUGAAACGACUGAUGCACUUCCUCAGUCCUCCACGUGUUCCAGCACUCUUUAUCUACCCAACUACCCAAGUGCAAAAGUUUGUGAGGAGAAGCUGCGUUAUGCUGCGUACAACUGUGUAGCCAUUGACACAGACAUGAGCCCGUGGGAAGAGUGAUCUCUUGACUGCUUCACCGAUCAAACUUCACACUUUACAAAUCACUGUUGAAAAGAGAGCUUGCCAAGUUUAUCACUAUAUCUGAACGACUGCCAAUUAAUCCUUGCUGUAUAUAAUAAAGAACUAUAUGGAAACAUGGA